AUGGGCGGGACAGCGGGACUUGCGAUGGGCUUUCUUUUUGGCUCGUGGACCAUCAUACGGUAUGGCCCUGGACCUAAUGGCGCAAUGGCUACCCUCUCCAAGUACAUGCUCAACCAGGCUGCGUUCUUUGGUUUCUUUUUCUCUGUCGGAUCCGUAAUUCGAAAUGACUCUGAACUUUCCCCGGCUCAAGCUUCCCAAAUGGCACGGUAUUCAACAGCUAUGUCAAUUCGUUCACGCGCGGAAGGUACACGAAUGAUGAAGGCUCGAUGGGAGGAGGAAAAGCGAAGAUUGUUGCGCCAGGCAUAA